UGUUAUUUUUCGAAUAUGCAAGCGGCGCGGCGAGGGAUGCGGGCGGAGCAUCCGCGGAGGCAGCCGCGUCGCCGGGCGGAGCUUCCUCGCCUGCAUCCCGCCUCCCAGCCGCCUAUAAAAACCCCCCUCGGGGCGACGCGCAUCCCUGAUCCUCUUGUGCAACGAGCGUCUCUCUCCUUUUGCUCAGUCCUCGCAGCGCCAGCUUUUGAAAAGAAGAGCCUCCGGGAUAUUUAUUUCUGCUUCUCUCCAAAGCACCAUCUCUUUCACCAGGGAGCACGUCGGCGCGGCAGCCUCUCGCCGAGCCUGGAUGCAUGCUCGUGGGAACGCGCCCCGACACGUGUCUUCGCAGCCGAAGCGUGCAGCCAUCAUUCCCUCGGAUCGGAUUCCUCCUCUGAUUUUCGCGGCGCUUCGAGAAAGAAACCCGGAGUCUCUCCAGCCUCUCGCCUUCCCGCGCAGCAGCCCCAGAUGGAGACCGCCCGGGUACCCGCGGGAUCCCCCCCGGCCUGCCGCGAAGCCCGGAGAUCCAGGAAGACCCUGGGCUUCCUCGCUGUCGGGCCCAAGACCCUUUUCCCGGACGGCGACGGAGCCGCCGCGAUGUCCCCGGUCACCACCUUGGCGCUGAAUAUGGACAAGCUGACCGGCCUGGGCAGUGAUUGUGACACACCCAAGAGAAGGAAGCGGCUGGGCCUUGACUUCAAGAAAGAGUGGUCCUCGCAGGAUUCCGUCUCCUCCGAGUCUUCGCAGGAAUCGGGAGAUUCAGGCAUGGGCCCGGAUUCCCCAAUGGAGCCAGAGCUGGAGAUCUUGGAAGAUGUGUUUGAGAGGAACAUGUUCGGGUCUCAAAGAGUCUUCAGAAAUGAUUAUCUUCCCAUCAGAAGAAUCCAAUCUUUGCCGGUGCAGUUUCUGGGCUCAAGUCCCAGGCUGAGGAACAUUUCCAACCGCAAGGAAUUCAACAGCCCAGCGGCGGCUGAGACGGACUCUGGCCUCCAAGGCAAUGGGGAAAAUGAAGGCGCCAUCUUCAAGAAGCCCCUGCGACCUGCCGGCAGGUUGUGCCUCUCCGGUGGUGGGGCUGGCAAGAAAGACCCCUUUGCACAGAGGCCAAACUCUGCUCCAGACCUCAUGUAUUCGAGCCCAGAGAAAGAGAACAGGAGCCCAGGGUCUGAUAGCCAUGUCUACCUCCGCCGCUCGUCCUUGACCUCCUUCAUGGUUGACGAAGAUAAUGAUGAUGAUGGGUUUUUGGAAAUCCUGGAUGAAGAAGACCUGAAGGGCGAUGGAAAUUUCCCGUUGGGUAUGGAGAACUUGCUAAUGGCCCCUCUGGUGAGGAAGGAAGAUGAGUCCAGCCUGCAGAGCCCCCUGGGAACCGGCAAAUGCCGCCGUCUUUUCCGCUCCCCGUCCAUGCCCAGCGCUGUCAUCCGACCCAUCCUGAAGCGCCUGGACCGGCCCCAGGACAAAGAGACGCCGGUGAAAAACAAAAGGCGUAAGAGUCUGGCUGGCGGCGCCAUCGAAGAGAAGGAAGAAGAGCCGGUAAUUCAUGCAACAAAGGCUGCCUCAAAAGGACCUCGGCUGGUUCGCUCUCGCUCCUGCUGCCCCAGCGAGAUCGCAAACAUAUUGGACAACGACCAUCGGGAGCUCAUUGGAGACUUCUCGAAGGCUUACGUUUUGCAAACGGUGGAAGGGAAGCACCAGGACCUCAAGUACAUCUCUCCAGAAAUGAUGGCUGCUGUGCUGAUGGGCCAGUUCAGCAACCUCAUUGAGAACUGUGUGAUCGUGGACUGCAGAUAUCCCUAUGAAUACGAAGGAGGCCACAUUAAGGGUGCUGUGAACCUUCCUCUGGAAAAGGAUGUGGAAGAGUUCCUUCUCAAGAAGCCCAUUGUGCCGUGUGACCCGUCAAAGAGGGUGAUCGUUGUUUUCCACUGCGAGUUCUCCUCCGAGAGAGGACCCAGAACGUGCCGUUUUGUCAGGGAAAAAGACCGUGCCAGCAACGAAUACCCUUCUCUGCACUAUCCUGAGCUGUAUGUCUUGAAAGGAGGCUAUAAAGAAUUCUUCCCGCAAUAUCAAAUGCACUGUGAACCCCAGAACUACCGCCCGAUGCACCACAAAGACUUCAAAGAAGACCUUCGCAAUUUUCGCCUGAAGAGCCGCACUUGGGCUGGGGAGAAAAGCAAGCGAGAGCUAUACAGCCGCCUCAAGAACUUCUAAGGCGGGGAGGGAGUGGUUGGGAAAGGGGGGGUAUUUGGGGAGAGGGGCUGCUGCUGCGGGAAUUAAGGAGCCAGCCGUUUUUUCCUCACACACUUAAUUCAGGGUGGACUUCUGCAGCGCGGGAAAAACAAUCGACGUUUCUUUUUUCCCCAUCGGCUGUGCUCAUUUGGAAACUUCAGAUUCUGGGAUUUGUUUUUUGGGGAGGGUGGGGGAAGUCGCAACUGCUUGUCUAAACAGCAACUCCAGCAAUAGCGAUACCUCUGGGUCCAGCGGGCUGGAACCUGCCUCACAUGCUGUGAAUCUCCCUCUGCCGGCUUGGGUCUUUUUCUCUCUCUCCGACCCCGGAGAUGAGCUUCUAUCACCAGCUUCUGAACCUUUUCUCCGGGAGGACUUGGGGGAGAAUCUCCUGCACCCUCCGGCUUGUGACGCCGCCUCCCUUCAAGAGGGGGGGGGGGAAACUAGGCAGCUAUUGGGAAACGUCCACUAGAGGGGCAACGAGGAAUCUUGCCCCACAAACUGCAUAGGAAGCGAGAUCGAGGUUGUGCUUGGUGUGUUGUGCAUGAGCCCCAUCGAAGGGCCUGUCCGCCUGGAGGCGAAGAUUUCAGAGGCCAAAAUGCGCCCGGGAAGCAAGUCUUUUCCUCUCUCCUAUCCCAGGACUACCAUUGAAAAGAAACGCAGUAAGCCAGUCUGUGCUCCUGGCUGGGGAAUCUGCCUCCCACCUCUGGUUCUUCCACCCCAAAGUGUGGGCACAAACGUUUAUCAGCUCUGUCCAUAACGAAAGCUUCUUUCCAGUUGCACACUGCAAAGGACCGGGAGGCAGAAAGCACUUAGAAGGAAGCCUUAGUUUGCACAGAUUCCCACGUUCUGUGUUUUUGCAAAGUAGAACGACUUGCUGGUUUUUUUUUAAUGAAGUUGUGGGAUAUAUCACUCCUAUCAGGCUCUUCUUAACCCCUUUUAUGUUUAAUUCAGAUACAGAAGAAUUGUAGAUUUUGCGUGUGUUUUUUUAAAAAAUGGGGGAGUGCUUUUAAUUUUUUGUUUUGACUGCCAACCCAUUCUACCAGUCCUCUUUGUUUCCACCGCGUGUGGCAGAAGCGUGGAAAACAGAGAUGUACCUUUUAAAUUUGGAUGCAGUUUAUUUAUAGUGAGCCCAGGAUGCUGGGCAGAGAUGUCACAGGAGUUCUGAGCGGAAGGGAAACAUUUUGAAGAAAAAAAUACUGCAUUUUAGUAUUUGGGGGACUGUCUUCUACGAAAAGCCCCCAGCCCCCCCCCAAAAAACUGUCAGUAUCUGGGUGACAAGGAGUCUAAUGGGCUGCAGUAUUAGGAAUUUUAGCAGUACUUGGCACUUGGAACUAUCUCCCUGCCCUGGAAACCCAACCCUAGAGCUCUGAAAAAACGUCCUGAAGAAACUACUUUUAGGUUUAGGGAGGGGAAGAGCCCUGCACCCGAAUGCUGUAUGUUUCCGUCUAGAGAAAAAGGACUUUCCGUUAACUGAUUUGUAGCGUGAGAGGCCAGGCCUUUGCUCACUGGUCAGGCUUAGAUCUGUGGCGUUUCGUGUGUGCCACCAAAUUGUUGGGGACUCUAGACUUCGAACUGUUUACUGCCCGUUGGUGGCUUCCAACUUGCGUGCGUGCAUUUUGCACUUGUCUCUUAAUAAACCACCUCCACAUCACUGUGAUAAGCCCUGCAGCCAUUGCUAAGCAGAUGCCUUGGGACUACAACACCCAUCAUGCACCUUGCCUGGCUGGGGCUGAUGGGCACUGUAUUCCCAAACGCCUGGAAUGGCGCGCGGUUCCACUGCCAUUGUUGACCGACCUAAUUCUGGACGCGGCUCGGACCCGGUUGCUGUGUCUCCCGCGUCUUCACGGUGGCGCUUAAUCUCUGCAAGUUAGGAGCCAUCGCUUCUACUGUGAACCCUGCAUCCCUGACUCACCUCCUGGGUUGCAGGGAACCGGGGAAUUGGGGCCCUCCACCUCGCGCUUGAGGUUCCCACGGAGACCCUGCCCUGAUGCAGAGGAAAGGCCCUAUUUGUGUGUGUAUAUAUAUAUAUAUCUAUUUAUGCUCAUGGUUCGUGAUCCUGAAAGCCCACACUUGGGUGUUCUCUGCGUCGGGGUGACCAUCUGUGAAACUCUUGAAUCCGGUUUGCCAGUGUGUAUUAAACUUGUGUUUUCACCUGAGGGGGGAGAGGGGCUCCCGGAUAUUGCAAGAAUGAUGAUUGUUUGCUUUGUACACCCAGUGUGUGCUCUCUGCACCCCUUGACAUUUCUUCCAUUGGGAAAAGGAAAAACGCUCUUUUUUUUUGUCCCUUCGCCCCACCCCUAACGCUGUCGUGUGUAAUCAGGGAGUGAAUAAACUGCGAAGCUGUUUCAGAAAAA